UAACGGAGGACAGGACGACGCCACCCUCCUCAGCUCACAUGACUGUGAUUAGAGGCGAGGAGGAGCGCGCUGGGCAGAGACAGGGAGACGCUGGGUUUGACGCACGGAGCAGAGCACAUCCAAGGAGCCACUCUGACCGUUUGCCUGCUGCCCGAGGCUCGUCCACUCGUCUUGGGGAUGCGGGUGCUACACUGGUGCGUGCUGGCAGUGACCCUCCUACUGCUGGUGUGUGAGGUCACCGUCAGUCAGCUGUGCAAGUCCCUCAUCACCCUGGUGGACGGUUUCCACACGCUCUUCAUCUUCAUGUCCGUGGCUCUUCCUCCUCCUCCUCCUCCUCUAGCCGCAAGUAUAAUUAAACCCGUGUCUCCCUCACCUGAUGCCCCGGCCCCGGCGGGGCCACCUUCCGCCCCUCUCACCGCCUCAGACACACCAGCCGGCACCAAAGAGCCCGUCUGUGCUGAGCGCAGCCGCGGCGCGUCCUCCGUGGCCGACGCCCCUGAAGCGGCCUGCGGCGUGUCCCACGGCAGCAGCAGGGUUCAGCCGGUGGGCGCGUUCCUGUCGGCGCUCCUCCUGGCCUCCCUGUGUGUGUCCUACCUGAUACAAAUCAUCAGCUUCUCCCUGGACCCACACCCAGUGCAGCACCCCCUGCUACUGGUGCUGGUCGGCGCUGUGAGCCUGUUGCACAAGACGCUGCUGCUCAGGCUGAACUGGGAUCAGCUGCGGGUCAGGGUGCGCAAGCACCCGGGAGCCGAAUCGCACAUUGAAGUUAACCACAGAGCCUGCGAGUGGCCGCGUCCCGAGGACGGGCCCGCAGCGGGCGGCCGCCGGGCCGCGUGCCUCCUGUCAUUGGUCCUGGUCACUCAGGGCCUUCUCACGCCUCUUCUGGUGCUGGGCCACAGCCUGGCGACGCUGCUGAGCCUGCACGGCGCCGGGACCUGGGGGCUCCUGCUCUACCUGGACCCUGCUCUCGCUCUGCUGGCUGUGGUGACGCUGAUCGCCACAGUAAGGCCGCAGAUGUGCAGGUACGGCCUGAUGCUGCUGCAGGCCGCGCCGCCACACGUUUCCGUGUCUGAGCUGCAGCGGAGGAUCGCGAGCGUCCCCGGGGUGCAGGCUGUGCACGACCUGCACAUCUGGCAGCUAGCGGAGUCGCUAACGGUGGCCUCUGCCCACGUGCACUGCAGUGCUACGCUGCCCGCUCACAGGUGCGCUGAGCUGAUGGCGGGGGUCACCGAGGUGCUGCAGAGCGCGGGCGUGAGCUGCUGCACCGUGCAGCCAGAGUUCGCCCAGUGCUCGGCGGCCUCCGGGGGCCGCGAGGGCGACGGCCCCCCUGCGGUGCACAGGGAGGACUCCCGCCCGCCGGCCGCGUCGGCCUGCAGCCUCGCCUGUGGCAGAGCCUGUGCACGGAGCAUGUGCUGCUCUCCUCAUGAGGAGGAGGCCAGCAGCCCGCUGGCACCACCGGCUGGAGCAUCCGAGGAAGAGCCUCAGUCGCUGGUUAUCGAGAACACCUUCCUCUGACGCACAGUGGAGGAAAUGGAAUGGAUGAGAUGAGGUCUGACUGACCUCCAUGAAUAAUGAAGUGAACUAAGCCAGUUUUAAAUAAACAUGAUGGGUGUUGUAAUGAAAGCAAACAUAUAUUAAAUGGUGUCUUGAGAUCUUG